GCGAUGCUGAUCAUCCGCUUCUUUUUCUUUCUCGAUGAGCUUCGGAUUUCGCAUGUUUCUAUUUUGCCUGACAUCCGCGUGGCUUGCAUAAGAAGCGCGAGCGAGCUGUGCGCGGAAAUAGUGCGCGUACUUCGCAAGAACACUCCAGGCGUGUAAGACCAUGACAACGAUGGCCACAAGCUCAUCUCCAGCAGAUGGAGACCUGGUCGAAAUGAUACUUGAAGAUGAAGUGGUUUCUUUCAGCAAGGCUGUUUUAAUGCAGUCCAGCCCCUUCUUUCAAGAUACCUUCAAGGACGCAAAGUUAAAAAAGAAACGGGUAGUCGUCUCUGGAGUGAGGGGCCGGACGUUUAAAGAUCUCCUGGAGUAUAUGAAAUCCGGAAAGCUGGAAUUGUCUUGCGGCAAUGUAGCAGAUAUAUUUCAUGCUGCCUGCAAACUUCAAAUGCGAGAUAUCAUUCAUCAGUGCGUUCAGUUGGAAACAAGCUCAAGCGCAGUUGGGAGACAAAUUAUUUUAUACAAGACAGCAAAGCGCAUGAAUCAUGUGCGUGAGAAGAACUCUGCUUUCUACCACCUUGUUUCAAAUUUCGAGCUUGUUGCACAGUCAGACGAGUUUCUGCAGCUUGACACUAGUGAUGUCUGUGAACUGCUAUCAUCUGAUGUCAUAGGCUGCAAAGGAGAACUCGACGUGUUUAACGCUGCCUGCCGCUGGUUAAACUAUAACGUAGAUGAACGGAUGGAUCAGGCAGCGCGGCUGAUGUACUGCGUGCGAUUCCCAUUGAUGAGUUUGAUGGAGCUCAGCCACUGUGUCGAAGCAAAGGUUCCACCUGGCCUUCAAGAUGUUCACAACGUUCGCGUCAUGAUCCUCAGUGCUGUGUGUUUCUGGGUUGCUAGAACUGCUGGAAAGGAAACGGAGGUUGGGCACCUAACUCGCACGCCUCGCCACUAUAUGAGUGAACUUCCUGGGAUACCUGGAAAUAAAGGACUGGAAUCGUCGGAAGCUGCGGGGGGAGCGGAGCAGCCUUCAAUAAUUUCUGUAACGCUGGAAGCGGCGAAGGCCCGGAUGCUGCCAACAACUCGAGGGUGCACGGAGGAGCCUUGGAUUGCACACCUACAGGAGUCAAGGCAGUUCUACAGGCCCGUGCGUGAGGCUGAACGAGUUCCGAGCUUAUCAGCGCAGUCCCCAACAUCCGAGUCUGAUAGCCCCGUGGACAGCCUUGCAACGAAUGUGUGCGAGUCAAGCUUCAACGACACCUCCUCGUUGGAUGCUCAGGUGACGACACGUCCAACCACACAGGAGAGCAACGGAGAAACUGUAACAUCCGAGUCUGAUAGCCCCGUGGACAGCCUUGCAACGAAUGUGUGCGAGUCAAGCUUCAACGACACCUCCUCGUUGGAUGCUCAGGUGACGACACGUCCAACCACACAGGAGAGCAACGGAGAAACUGUGACGCAAGACUCACAAAGUUCUUUUUCUCAAGCCGACUCCUGCUCUACAAGUGAUGAGAAAGAUAAGUUGUACACUCAGUCUGUUGAUACUGAGAGCCUAACGAUGCACAGUGACGGUGACAGAGUUCACAAAAAGGAACUAGGACAUUUGAAGACAAGGUUUCUGCUUGGCAGCCAAACAGACAUCCAGCGUGAAGCACUGACUAGCAAUACGUCAUUGCUUGCUGAGCACCCGGAAAUGGAUUUUUUUGUUGUUAGCCCAAAUUCACCCCAGUGCUUGACAGAACCUUUGGCAUCCAUUUCUGUGCAAACAGAAGGCAACCUCAGUGAAACUCCAAGCAAGGAUGGUGAACCAGGCACAUUGUUCCUGAUUGGUGGAAUUGAAGCGAACGAAAGCCCGUCAGAGUGCCCGAUUCUAAGCUACAACAUCAAAGGGAACAUUUGGAGCCAAACAAAAACGCUUCCAGUUCACCGCUAUGGGCACAAAUCUGUCUAUUUAGAUGGCUGCAUAUACAUCAUAGGUGGUUUUGAAAACUUCAGCCCAAUGAACCUUGAGAAAGCUUCGAGCCGAUCUUGCUUUUGGUUCGAGGUGAGCUCUGGCAAGUGGGGAAUCAUGGCCCCCCUGAACAACACAAGAGCGUACCAUGGCCUCGCGAUCUUGGACGACAACAUUUACGUCGUCGGUGGAGUGGACAGUGCGAACAGACUUUUGAGCUGCCUUGAACGCUACGACAAAGAGAGCGAUGAGUGGACAUUGCUCAGUGGUGAGCUUUAUUCCCCGAGAAUGGCCAUGGGGUUCUGCAGCCACAAACGACAGCUUUGGGUUGCCGGCGGCAUUGUACAGAUUGGCCGGAGGACCUGUUCCACUGCUUACGUGGAAGUCUACAAUCCUGAAACAGAAAGGUGGUCGUUCGCGGUGAACUUCCUGCCGUCACCACGGAGUUGCCUCACGCUGGUGGAGUGCGGUGGCACCUUGUACGCCGUGGGCGGCCUUCUCAGCCACCGGUCCGGCAGAAAACGCAUCUUCACCACAGUCGAGGACACGCUCAUGUUCGUGGACGAGCGCAACACCUGGGUAAACCGCGUGCCCAUGCCCAACGCCCGACACAGCACCGUCGCCGUCGCUCACGACGGCGUGAUCUUCAUCAUCGGAGGCCGACAAGCGGAGAGGCCCGACUUCCACUUUGACAACAUCUUGGCGUACGACACUAAGGUGAACAAGUGGUUCCUGCUCGGAAACUUGCCGAGGAGCCUGGUGGACUACCACUGCGUACUGGCACCGCCCGAAGAGAGCUCGGAAAGCUUACGAGAAAUCCUGACGAGCCGCGGCGACCACAGGUCGACCAACAAGGUGGCCGAAAAAUUCCGAGUUACAGCUCCGGACGUGAAGUCCUACUCUCAGGGAGACAUUGCUGUUGUGCGGCAAUACACUUAGCACGCCCUCCCAAAGUGCGCGCCUAAAUUCUACUCAUUAAACAAUUUGACUCGGACAGAA